UCGAUAAAGAUAGGCUAAAAAUGAAAUUUUUUAAGCAAAGAAAUAAAACAAUUAAUAAUUUCAAAGAUAAUUUAACUGAUCUUAAGUCAAUAUCAAUUUCAGAGUUUAAUCAAAUACCUUCAUUUGAUUUAAAUAAUGAUUUAGAAAAUACCAAAAAUCUAAGCCUCUCAGCAGAUUUUAUACCAAAACAUCCUCCAAAUACCAAAGAUAUUUAUUCUCAUAAAAAAAUACAGGAUGAAUUAUUAAAGAAAUUAAAAAUAUCCAAAAUUAGCAACUCUCUUCAUGAAGAUUUAAAUAUAGCAAUGGAUGAAGAUUAUGGAAUUAGUUUAGUGACACCAUCUCCAAUUAUAUCCUUACAUUCAACCAGUCAUUUAAAACUGACCCAAAAUAUUAAUUACACAAAAUUAUAUGGAAUGAAUUACCCAAAAUUAUUUUUAUCAUCAUCUCAUAUUAAUACUAUGAACAAUUCAAAUACUAGUCAAAUUAGUGAGAGUAGUAGUUUAGAAUCUAGUAGCAUAGGAACUUGGGAAAGUAGUGUAAAUUAUGAUGUGGGACACCAAAAUCAAUCUGGUGAAGAUUCUACAGGUUCUUCCUAUGAAGUAUCACUCGGAACUAAUUCAUUCAGCUGUAGCUUAAAGAACGAUGCUGCUUAUCACAAAAUAUCCCUAAAACAGAAGAAUAGGAGGUCCCCUAGGAACAAGAAACCAAGACAUCUGACUCCAAUUUCGCUGACAAACGAAUUCGAUCUUCCUUCCAUGCCAGAAGUCAAUGCCGAUUUUGAGCAGCUGGAGGAACGGAUGAUCGUGACCAAGCAAAAGGAAACACUCUCUAAGCUCGAAAAAGAGGGUAAGUUUUCCUGCAACAAACUCGUCAAGCCUUUCGAAAUAACAUCAACAUCCACGAGUUAUGCCAACGAUAACGAAAACGUUCACGCUAACUUACAAUUAAUAAACCAAUUACGGCAAUCCCCUUCACAGAAGAUGAAAUACUCUGAACAACCCCAACACCCUCAAAUUUCGCAAAUCAUUGAAGAGAUGAAGAUGCUUUCCUUCAAAAAACGUCCAUUCCUAAAAUCCGAGCAGCUCCAACUCAAUUCCUCCCCUUUACAGUUGUCGACGUCUCCUUACAAUUACAAAUUCGCAACUCCCAAUGAAAAGUCCGAAAAAAUAACUUCGCCUAAACCAGCCAAUCAUAGUGUUGACAAAGGCUUUUUCUUGUCUUCCCUUUUUCGUUUUGGCAAAAAAUGCACUUAUAGGUCCGAGCCUCUUCCCUUACCUGUAGACAAAACGGAAUCGAUACCUGCUCCUAAGCGUAAGCGGUUCAAUCGGUUGCCCGAUCCGAUAUUUUUCAGCUCUGCCCCAGCUCUUAACAUAAAGGAGACCAAGGAAGCUAAAGAUGUUAAAGACUCAAAAGAACCCUUUCGCGUCAAUUGGCUUUCAAAAAUUAGGUGCUCUUUACGGAAACGAAAGGACACUUCAAGUCAACCCAAUCAUGAUAAACUAAAAAACGAUAAAAAAACUUCUUCACUCCGUCAAACAAACCCUGACGGAUUAAAAAAAGGAUUAAGUUCGAAUGAUAUCAUGGAUAAUUGCACAUCCCCUAACUCCUCUACCCACUCUGACCAGAAUUUUGAGAAGGACAUCAUCUUUAAAUCUUCUAACCCCCAUACAAAAACAGAAUACCACACGUUUCUCAAAACGUCAUUUCAUAAGGCAAACGAAACCAGCGUCAAUGGUGGCACAGAUGAUAUUCUCAAUGGCGCCAACAAUAUGAGAACUUCCUUGCAAAUCAUUGAAUCACUGGAAUAUCCCAAGAUUAGAAAUAGCCUCCACUUGUCAACGGACAUAGAUCUCGUUAAGCCCUUUAACAUAGUUGAACCGAUUAGCUCUGACCAACGGCAAACUAUCAAAUUAGAAGAAAUUACGCUUUUCGGUUCGCAAUACAAUCACGAAAACGGCGAAAGUCAUGAUGCAAUACCAACCCUUUUCAUAGAGGAAUAUGCCCGGGCUUAUGAUUCCGAUUUUAGAACCGAUCAGGCAUACAACCCUAGUGGACUGCCCCAGAUCUUUAAUAACCAGUUAAAACAUUAUUCGGUUGCCUCCACCAUCUUCCUUCCGACUUCUCCCGCUAAAGAACAAAAUAUGGAAAGCAAAUCGGCCUUCCUCCAUAUCAAUACGGUAACCCCUUAUAACAAAAACAUGAAUGAAAAUGGGUUCUUCAUACCUUUUGCCAAUAAAGAUUACUUAACUGAAAACGGGUCAAAUUGCGAGUUCGACAGGCUCGCCGCUAAGGAAGACAUUUGUACCGAGGAGCCCCACACUAAUUACGAGUCGUUUUUGGGUAACGAUUAUUCUCGUGAAACAUUUUCCCGUCAACUCAAUUUCGGCAAUGACAAUUACAUUAAAAGCACUGAUCAAGAAAUACAUGCAGAUCAAGAUUUUCGGUGCUCUCCCCAUAUGAGUCCUUACUAUCUACGCCCCAAGAACCUUACUCUAAAAAACGCCUCACCCGAACAUUGUGUAACUACCGCCGAUCUUUCAGUCACCGUUACUAAAGGCCAUCGACUUUUCAAUUAUUCCGAUCUUAUUUGUCAUACUAAUACUGUAUCACCCGCUUUGACCCUGAGGCGAAGCAAUUUUAUUACUAAUCAUUUUAUACCGGAUUCCGCUUGCUCCAUUUCCAUUGCUAAUAACGAUUCCUUAGCUUCCUGCUAUAAAGAUUGUAAAGACCCUAAGAACUCUGAUUACAUAACCGUUUCGAGUAACUUCGACUCUAAAAGACCCGAGAAUGAUGAACACAUCGCUAAUGGAAAAUCUGAAUUUUUAAAUGCCCAAGAUGCAAUAUUUAAGAGGCCUGUGUCUUGUUUCGUACCUAGGAGUUAUUCUGCUCAGCAAGAUAAUUCAAAAACUUUAGGGGAAGAAAACAAACGGUUCACAUUUUUGCCGCCCGGGGCAAAGUCGUCUUGGUCAUCUCAAAGUUAUUUGGACCAUUCUAAUUUUUUGAAAGGCCCAGCGAAAAAGGAUAAUCACACGUUUAAUGAGAAACAAAAAAGUAUGCUCAUGUUUGACAAGUCAUCCAACGAUAGCAACAAUGUUGUCGAUCCUGAUCCAAGCAUCGAAAAGGUGUCUAUGAAGAGAGGCAAAGUUAAAGAUAUGAUUAACACUUUCCAAAACCUUAGCCAAAAAUGAAUCAAUAUAAAAUCUUUACCCUACCCCAUCUGGCCCUUUAUUUUUUAAAUAUUAUAUUAUGCAAACAUAUUUUUUUUAUACCAUAAAGUUUUAUACAAUACUUUUUUUCGCCUGUUUCCAUAUGCAAUUAUAAAUAUAUCAUUUAUAUUACAUAAAACAUAUUAUUAGAUUAAUUUUGAUAUUUAUUAUACCUUAUAACAGUUGUCAUCUUUUGAUACUACCAUUUUUUUUAAAGGAUAUUUAUACUUUUCUUAUACUAUAAAUGAUAUAUAUACCUUCGUUCUCAACCAUUUAGUUGUUGACAUCCUUAUUAAUUUACGAAAUAAAAUAUUUAUAGAGGGUAUUUAUAGGACCAAAUCAAAUGGCUAAAAAAAAUUGUAUUUAUGUUAUCCCGUUUUUUUAAAUAUUUUGAUAUAGCUUUUACCAAAAAGAUAUUAUUUCAUUCAUUUACUAAAAAAGUAAAUUUUUUUUACAUAAGUUGAUAACAUUUAUAUGUAUAUUUUUUAUAUUUUGUUUUAUCUAUAAUUAAUAUAUUAUAUAUAAUUUAGAGCUUUAUCUUUAUUUGUUGCUUUUUUUUUAUUAAU